CUGGUUGAGUGACGUAGACAGCGACGUGCAACAGUUAGUAUUCCGGGUGGACUGAAGUCGGUGUCGCACUUCGUCUCUCCAGCGUGCAGACCAGCGCUCAUCCCGCAUCUGAUCAGACGUCCCUGCAGCCUCUGUUUUUGACGCUGACACCCAUCAUCAUCAUGUCUAAAGGCACCGUGGUUCUGGCGUACAGCGGCGGGCUGGACACCUCCUGCAUUCUCGUGUGGCUCAAGGAGCAAGGCUAUGACGUCAUCACAUACUUGGCCAACAUUGGACAAGAUGAAGAUUUUGAAGCUGCAAGAAAAAAGGCAGAAAGUCUUGGUGCAAAGAAGAUUUUCAUUGAAGACCUGCGCAAAGAGUUUGUGGAGGACUUCAUCUGGCCUUCAGUUCAGGCCAAUGCAGUCUAUGAGGACCGGUACCUGAUGGGCACUGCCAUAGCAAGGCCUUGCAUUGCCCGUCGUCAGGUUGAGAUUGCACGGAAAGAGGGUGCCCAGUUUGUCUCCCAUGGCGCCACUGGAAAGGGAAAUGACCAGAUACGCUUUGAACUCACAUGCUAUGCCCUGUACCCUGAGGUCAAGAUCAUUGCACCGUGGAGAAUCCCUGAGUUUUACAACCGCUUCAGAGGGAGAAAAGACCUAAUGGAAUAUGCGCAGAAAUUUGGCAUUCCAGUUCCUGUUACUCCAAAGGCACCCUGGAGCAUGGAUGCUAAUCUCAUGCACAUAAGUUAUGAAUCUGGUAUUCUGGAAAAUCCCAAGAGUCAAGCUCCACCUGACCUGUACUUGAUGACCAAAAACCCAGCGGAUUCCCCCAAUGACCCGGAUGUCCUGGAGAUGGAGUUUAGAAAUGGAGUGCCUAUCAAAGUGACCAACGAGACCAAUGGCAUAUCCAAAAAUGCACCACUGGAAAUUUUCUCCUACCUCAAUGAAAUAGGAGGAAAGCAUGGGGUGGGCCGCAUCGACAUAGUGGAAAACCGGUUCAUCGGCAUGAAGUCACGAGGGAUAUAUGAAACUCCUGGAGGCACAAUCCUGCUGAAGGCCCAUCUCGACAUUGAGACGUUCACCAUGGACAAAGAGGUGCGCCGCAUAAAACAGGGACUCGGUAUCAAAUUCUCUGAACUUGUCUACAAUGGUUUUUGGUACAGUCCUGAGUGUGAUUUUGUGCGGCAUUGCAUAGCCAAAUCCCAGGAAAACGUGGAGGGCAAAGUGCAGUUGUCUGUCUUCAAGGGUCAGGUCUACAUCCUGGGACGGGAGUCUCCCAAGUCCCUGUACAAUGAGGAGCUGGUCAGCAUGGAUGUGCAGGGAGACUACGACCCGUGCGACGCUUCUGGGUUCAUCAGGAUCAACGCCGUCAGGUUAAGGGAGCAUCACCGUUUGCAGGGCUUUUCUGGCAAAAAGCAGUAACUGUGGGAGACCAGUGAAUCAUCAUUUUCACUUCCCUUUUUCUUCCCAUCGUGUCUUAACUACUAAAAGGUCAACAUUGUGCCUCUAGUGUCUACCUGCUGCCUUAUUGUAAGCUGUGUUAGGUUGUAAACAAAACGAGUAAACAAGUUUGUAGCACUGAAUACAGAAAUGGUAAAUAGUUUGUAUUCUAACUAUAGUGUUUUUGCAGGCCUGUUAGAUGUGUUUAUCUUCUGAAUGUGCUUUAAAAAUAAUUAAUUAAUUAGUAAAUGUUGAAAUCAUGUUAAAUAAAAGGAGUAAAAAGUC